CUAAAUGCACCACUGAAAUUGCUUCCGGUCCAAACAAAAAUACACUGAAAAUUAAUAUUUACAGGUUUAGUUGUUUACCAUGCAGGAGGUAAAGUGGAAAGAAUCGCGAUAUAAAGAAUCCUUAUCUACAGCAUUAUAUAAAUUACAACAAGCCGAUUGUUUAUGUGACAUAUGGAUCUGUACCAAAACAAGAAUGGUACCAGUUCACAGACUGAUGUUAGAAGCAUUUACUGGUCCCCUGUGUAAUACCGGUUUGAAAGAUGGAAGUAGUCCUAUUAAUAACUUUAUAGAUAAUUGUAGUAGAUUUGAUCGUGUCAUUGUACUAAUACUUGUUCGAUACCUGUACACAGGGGAAAUAAUAAUCGAUGUGGAGUUGAUCAGUGAAUUCAUUAAACUAUGCAAGUUGCUUGACUUAGACAGUGUUGUCUUAGGAGUAGAAACUGAGCUUGAAUUUUUGAACAAGAAUUUGAAACAGGAAGUGACAUAUCUUGAUGAUAAUUCAGGUUUUUGUCCCCAAAGGGCUUUACAGCUUGCUAUUCCUGUCUCUCUUAUUACUAACAAAAACAAUGAGUCAGAAACUUUUGAAGAUUCUUGUAUGCAGCAAAAUAAUGACUAUGUUGUAGAAGUAAAGAAAGAAGUUGCUGGUGAUUCUGUUACCUUAAAUGUUAGAAAUGGAUCCAGUACACCAUGUGACAACAACAAAAGAGGUCAUGAAAGAGAAAAGAAGAAUGAAAGCCACGAUGAAACCAUUUCAGUUGAUGGAUCGAUUGAUAUAGAUGAUGACAGUGAAACUGCAAGUCCUCAAAAAAUGCUGAGACUCUCAGAAAAUAACCAAAGUCUUGAUGACGAUGAAAUUGAAAAAAGACUUCAAGAGUUUGUCAGAAGAAUGACUUCAUCAGACCAAAUUUAUACGAUUGAAAAGAGAAUGUGCUUAAAAUGUAACAAACUUUUGGAGAUAAAUGAAUAUUUGAAACAUAUGAAAAAUGAACAUUGUCUUUUUACUUGUCCCUUGUGUGAUUGGUUUAGACCUCAACUUGGUCAUCUAUUAGAUCAUAUGCAUAGUCAGCAUAAAGUUGUCAUCUCAUCCAGGAAAAUCUGUGGCAUUAAGACUGUAGACAUGUCUGAAGAAUGUGAACUAAUGUAUAUAACACAAGGCGAACCUUUCCAAGAACACAUUCAACUAUCCGACAGUGAUGAACCUCAUCCACCAAGCAUCUUAUCCAGUACUUUGAAACUUAUCAAAAGAAAAGAUGCAAACACAGAUAAUUCACCAACAUCUCAACUGACCACUUUAUCCAAAAGUAACAGAGAAUUAUGGAAAACUAAAAUUAACGGUGAUCGAACGUCUACUGGCACUGAGAGAACAAGACAAUCAUGUACAGGAAAGAUUCCAAAUAAAACAACUACAUCAUCAGAAAAUCAGGACUUCGAUAUUUUAGAUGCACAACCAUUAGAAAAUUUAGAACAAAUAUUAGAGAUUGCAAACAUUCUACCCUCAUUAUCUGGAAUUCAACAGGAUGAAACUUCCAUUGUAGACACGAAGGACCCUUUGAACACUGCUAAGGAUUUAUCAAAGGGUAGGACAAACAUGGACGAAAAAGUAAAGUGCAAAUUAUGUGAUAUUAUUGUUGGUAAACGCUCUUUGCGACGUCACGAGCGUACUCACGGCCAUUAUUUGCAGUGCCCAUCUUGUCCUGCUAAAUUCACAGAAGUAUGGGCAUUAAAAAAUCAUGUUUUACGACAUACAGAACCUUAUGUUUGUGAUACCUGUGGUAAAACCUUUAUGUCUAGUUCAGGGUUGCAUGUGCAUAUAAGGAGACAUAAAGGAAAUCAACGUUUUUUAUGCCAGGAUUGCGGAAAAAGCUUCAGUACACAUAUGCACUACCAAGGGCACAGAAAUAGUGUGCAUCUGAACAAGCGUGACCACAUUUGUGACCAUUGUAAUAAAGGGUUUUCGUAUAAAACAUCCUUAGACAGACAUAAAAGGGAAUGCAGGUUUUCACCUGAAGAAGAAAAACAAGAAUAUAGGUGUGAAUACUGUGGUACAAUUUCCAAAAGUUUACGUUUCCUGCAGGAACAUAUAAAGGGGAAGCAUAAGAAACAACAGAUCAUUUGCCAUUGUGGGAAAACAUUUGCAUGGACUAGGUCUUAUAAACGACAUCAGAAAUCUUGUAUAUUAAAGUAAGAGACAAGUCUUAUAAAAGUCUUCAAAAAUUUAAUGUAAUACAGGAAUGGACUAGGUCUUAUAAACGUCAUAAAACAUUUUGUGUUAUAAAGAAAUGGACUAGGUUUUAUAACGUCAUCAGACAUCUUGUAUUUUAAAGUAAGAGACUAGGUCUUAUAAACGUCCUGACAAAUCGAAUGGACUAGCUCUUAUUUAUAACGUCAUAAAAAAAUCUUGUUUUAUAAAGAAAUGGAUUAGAUCUUACAAACGCCAUAAAAAUCAUUUAAAAUAAAGCAGAUAGCUUGUAGGUCUUAUAGAUGUCAUAAAAAAUCUUGCAUACUCCUGCCUUAAACUAUUUGAAAAAAAUAUGAUACUGAGUAAGACAGUUAAGUGAUUUUUCUGUAAUAAAUUGCAGUAUACUAGAGCACAACUAAAUAUAAGGGAGACUUAGCCAUUUGUGACAACAUGGCUGCAUAGUAUAUUAUUUGUGAUUUAAUGCACCUCUUCAGGAAAGAGCACCUUUGUGACGAUUAUCACUUUCCAUUUAGUAGUACUAAUUUUGAUAUAAUAUAAAGGCAAACAAAGAUUGCAUUUAUAUUAUAUCAAAAUGAGUGAUAGGAAAACUUAGUGAAUCAUAGUUGUGACAAAAAAAUUAUAUAUCUAACAAAUUAAUGAAUAAAUUUACUGAGCAUUAUAUUAACAUUAAAUAAAUAUUCACACAUUUAUCAUUUAUAGUAGUAUCAUUUGAUUUAUUUGCU